GUCACUCAUCCUUUAAGCAAGCUGGGUGGGACUGGGUGCGCGUGCGCGGUUUUAAUACUCCCCCCCCCCCCCAAACUGCCAACUCUUCACGCAUGCGAAGUAGUCCCCUCUCUGCCUGAAUUUACGCGUGCGCACUAAUGGGCCGGGCCCCGGAAGACCGCACGCCUGCGUCUUGGGGACUACGGUGACAGUACCGCGGGUGGGGCGUGGGCCAGUCAUGGCGGAACCCUGGUCUGGGCAGGCCUUGCAGGCUCUGCCGGCCACGGUGCUGGGUGCGCUGGGUGCGCUGGGCAGCGAGUUCUUGCGGGAGUGGGAGGCACAGGACAUGCGCGUGACCCUCUUCAAGUUGUUGCUGCUGUGGUUGGUGUUAAGUCUCCUGGGCAUCCAGCUGGCGUGGGGGUUCUACGGGAAUACGGUGACCGGAUUGUAUCACCGUCCAGGUCUGGGUGGUCAGAAUGGAUCCACGCCUGAUGGCUCCACGCAUUUCCCUUCGUGGGAAAUGGCAGCAAACGAACCUCUCAAAACCCACAGCGAAUAAGGGAAGGCAGCAGAGGGUCUCCAAGGGCAUCACUGGGUCUGCUGGCUUCUACACUGAGUUCUGCUGCUUACCAGACCCCAGGGACAACUGCCAGGGGUUCAGGGUUGGUAGCAGGGAGUACCCCAGUGCCUGCGGGGCUGAGCCGCCUCUGCCCCUUGGCCUUGCUCCUUGCCCAUGCACUGGGCAAGUGAAGAGUUUGCCUGUACCUUUUCUGGGUGCCUUAAGUAGAGAAAUCGUGUUCCUCCUCUCUCAAGGGGUGACAACUCAGGAAGCCUCUGAGUUGGGAAGGCCAACAGUUCUUUUGUCUUGAGUUUCUUUUUCUGUCCCUCUUCACAUCCCCCUGAAAUAUAACCCCAUAAAAAUUUUUCCUGA